UCGCGAUAAAGCGGUUCUGGACGCAUUAUGUCGCGUGCGAUGUUAAUCGUUUCAAUCGUGUAGUGGCGGGAAAACGGUGAAUAUCCGUGACGAAGUGUUUCGCUUGUUGCACAGUUGCCAAGGCGACUAAGGUGCGUGGCUGCGUGCGUGUGCGUGUCAGAAAGUGUGCUAUGAGAAGAGAACGACCGUCAGAACGACGAUUCUACAGCUACCUUCCGACUGACGGCGAUUCGAUGUUUGAAAAACGAACAGACUGAAGACGGGAAUAUUAUGGACUAUCCGGUUUUAGGCCACUACGACCUGAGCGUAGAGGCCACGGCCGAGAGCGGCGGCGGCGACGAACAGGAACAGCUUUGGGAAGACACAAAUUAUGUAUUGUCCACUGAAGAAUAUGUACCUGCUACAGAACAAUUCGGAGAAGAGUUUGCUGGAGCCGAGUUUCAUGAAACUCGUACUUUACUUGCUGAUGGGGGGGAUAGGUUUGGUGUAUCUACAGCCACUUUUGACACUGUCGAAGAACUUAUGUGGAUGGGGAAUCAAGGGGGUCACGUAACAUCUUACUAUGGGGCUGGGUUACAAAAAUACACCUCUUUUCAAGUACAUGCUACACAAGAAGUUCGGCAUAUUCAUCCAUUGGACGAGGGAAUUUUAAUCUUGACACAAAGUUUAUUAAGAUGUCAAUUGAGGAGAGGCAUACCAAUAUUUACACAUAUGUCAUCGAAUAUGAUAGACAUGCAAUGCAUGCUUCAAAUUUCUCCGACUAGAUUACUAAUGGGGGGACAUCAGGAUAAAAUAAUUGAUUUUAAUCUCACCAGAGGAAAAGAGACUGGAGUAGUAAAUGUAGGGGAAAGUGGUUGUGCAAUUUUAAGGCAGCAUAGUAGAUUUAUAUGUGCUGGCAAUCCUGCUGGACGAAUUGAUCUCAGGGAUCCAAAUACAUUAUCAGUAGAACAUACUUUCGAUACUCAUAGUGGGUCACUUAGUGAUUUUGAUGUUCAAGGAAAUUACCUCGUUACGUGUGGUUUCAGUAAUAGUCGUCAGGGUCUCUCGGUAGAUCGAUUCUUAAUGGCAUAUGAUCUCAGACAAAUGAGAGCGUUGAGUCCUGUUACAACUCUAGUAUACCCCCUUUUAUUGAAGUUCCUACCCAGCUACUCAAGUCGUUUAGCUGUUAUAUCACCAUUGGGACAAAUGCAACUUCUUGAUACUAUCUACGCUAAUGUACAACCAUCUAUGACAUGUUUGUAUCAGGUUGCUACUGGUGGUACUAUGAUUUUAUCGUUUGAUGUAUCCUCUACAUCUCAAUGCCUCUGUUUUGGAGAUUCAGCAGGUUCCAUACAUCUUAUGUCUACAAAUACACCUGAACCACAGUUUAAUACAUUUUCUCGGCCAACAGAAUUUGCUGAUCCAGUUGAAUCAAUUCAGUCUAUAGCAUUUGAUGAUGAUGUUACACCGCUAAGUACAAUACCUGUUGUUUAUACCGGGCAUCCAUUAUUAAGUGAUUGGCCAGAAGAAUAUCUAAAGAAAGUUUAUAGGAAAACGCCAUCGAUUGAUCCCGAAAUUCUGCGCACAAUGAAAAUGCAAGGAACAAUCGGUUACGCCCCAAAUCCUCAGGCGUUUCGCAGAAAUCAAAUACCUUACAAUUUGGAAAAACGACGUGGCGUAGUUGCAAAGCUUUUCGCGGGGGACUCACGAUCUAAGACAGAUGACGGUACCUUUGUGGCCAUACCUAAGCGUUAUCGUAAAAUCGAGGUGAAAUACUCACGUCUCGGUUACGAUGAAUUCGAUUUCGAUCAGUAUAAUCGUACCAACUUCUGUGGACUGGAAGCCACGCUUCCCAACAGUUAUUGUAAUGCUAUGUUACAGUUACUCUAUUAUUGUGAACCUGUGAGAAUAGCGUUACUCUCACACUCGUGCCAAAGAGAAUUCUGUCUCUCCUGUGAACUAGGAUUCUUAUUCCACAUGUUAGACACGUCUCGGGGAUUGCCUUGUCAAGCUGCAAAUUUCCUUCGAGCUUUUAGGACAGUUCCAGAAGCAGCUGCGUUAGGACUUAUAUUGAGCGAUCUACACCCGGAAGCUAAAAGAAAAAUCAACUUGAAUCGCUUAAUACAAAGUUGGAAUAGGUUUAUUCUUCAUCAAAUUCAUUAUGAGAUACUGGAGACAAGGAAACGACAUCAAGAGGAAGAGGAAGCAGCUCGUCUCAAAUCAGGUCCUACAUGUCCACCAUUCGUUUAUAAUGAGCAAGACUUCCCUAGUAUCUUGCAGGACAUUGGCUCGCGGUACAGAAGUCACGACGAAGAGAGGAAGAGAAGGAGGAAGCAAGGGAAGGAUGGUAAAUAUAUGUGGAUCGCAUCGAAAGAUAAGAACAACAAAAAAUCUAUCGAAGAGAACGAAGUGCGAGAUGAAGAGACAGAAAUCAGUCGUCUGUUUGGAUCGGAACAAACGCACAUGCAUUGUUGUCUCAAAUGUGGGCAAGAAGCUACAAAACAUUCCAUCAUGUUACUAUGUAACUUAGUUUAUCCGGAAUUAACAGAUCCUUCAGAGGAGGUUCCGUUUACAAGUGUUCUUGCCCGCAGUUUAAGACCCGAGAAAAUUACACCUGCAUGGUGUGACAGUUGUCAAAAAUUUACACCUACUCUCCAAUUUCGACAAUUGACUAAACUACCUCAAAUAUUGGCACUGAACUGUGGUUUAGACACACAACAGGAUAAGUCAUUUUGGCAAUCCCAAAUGGACAUUGUUGUCCAAAAAGUAUUAUGUGGAAUAGAAAGUAGCCCGUCUUCAAGUCCCGUUCCUGUUACCGUAAAACCCUGUCGGUACGGUAAUAAUUGCACCCGAGUUGGUUGUAGAUUUAGACAUGCGGGUAAAGAUUCAGAAAAUCUGUCAACUCCACCUGCAACACCUCCCACAAUGACUACAACAUCUAUUGCAACUCCACCUAGUCACUUAUACUAUUCACAUUCGUGGAUACCCCACAAUAUUGAGAUUUCUCUAAACAGUAGCGGUGAACUAUUCGUAGAAAAGAUUAAUAACCCAAAGAACGGUUCUACUGAAAGUAGUAAACCUAUCAAAGAGACUGUAGUAGAAAAUGGCCAAGGUGACGGUAAGGCGCAACAGGACUCAAAGAGUCUGACAGCGGAAUCAAACGCAAAGAAAACAGAAAAUUAUGUCACCACAACACCAGAUAAUGGCGACGGUAGAAGUACAGAUGCGAGUGAAGAAAGCUCGGUUGUACCUUAUAAAAAGUAUAGCCUUAGUGCUGUUAUUUGUUACGUCGAUGAUAAAAAUAACGAAGACAGGAGGAACAUUGUUGCGUUGCUACGGGUCGGACCACAUUAUCAUGAAAGGUCGAGUGGCAGUGCGGUCUCACAGUGGUAUAUUCUUAAUGAUUUUUGCAUAUCAGCAGUGACACCACAAGAAGCAGUUUGGUUUAAUCUCGAUUGGAAAGUUCCUUGCGUUCUUCAUUACACGGCUGUGCCAGCACCCGAACCAGCACCUUUUGUUAGUCCCCUCACGUACGAUGUAUUUGGAGAAGACAAAUGUAUCGCUCGUAGUGGAGGAACAAGAGGCAUCACAUUUACGCCCUUGACAUCAGAUGAAAUGCCGAAAAAAGGAGAACUAGUCGGAAUCGAUGCAGAAUUUGUUACGUUGAAUCAGGAGGAGUCUGAACUUCGAAGUGACGGGAAAAUGUCUACUAUAAAACCGAGUCAUAUGUCUGUUGCGCGAAUUACUUGUAUACGCGGACAAGGUCCUUUGGAAGGUAUUCCUUUCAUAGAUGAUUACAUAAGCACUCAAGAACAAGUGGUUGACUACCUUACAAAAUUCAGUGGAAUUCAACCAGGUGAUUUGGAUGCUAACUUUAGCAGCAAACACUUGACUACUCUUAAAUCAACUUAUCAAAAGCUGCGGUUUUUGGUUGACAAUGGUAUAGUGUUUGUUGGCCAUGGACUAAAAAAUGAUUUCAGAGUAAUAAAUUUAGUUGUACCGGCAGAACAGAUAGUAGAUACUGUGUUGUUAUUCCAUUUGCCUCAUCAUCGCAUGGUGUCAUUGCGUUUUCUAACGUGGCACUUUUUGGGUAGAAAAAUUCAAUCUGAAACGCACGAUUCGGCAGAAGAUGCCCUUGCAGCUCUUGAAUUAUAUAGGAAAUAUGAGGAAUUAGAAAGAUCGGGAAAAUUAACCGAAUCGUUGAAAGAACUUUAUAAUGUUGGCAAUCAGUUACAGUGGAAGGUACCGGACAGCUCAUAUGAGGAUGACCCUCAUGAGGAAAGUUUCGGUUUGAAACUACGUACUACCGACCUGAGCAUCGCUGACUGCCUUCAAACAGAAUUCGGCAGGAAAAUGGCGAAUUCUGUGUUACAUUCGCCGUUUAAAUUGGAGUGA